GAUAUGCAAAGGGAGGGUGGGAAGGAAGGGACCAUGUCUCGGAGCGAGUCUACGGUCAGCCGGUGCACUCCUCACACACCACUGGGGCCUCCAGACAGCGUCAGCGUUGACUCCAACCCAAUGCCUACUAUAUACCGGUAACUUACAGCGUAGGGAGAAGAAGUAAACACGCUAGCAUGUUUUGCCCUUUGAUUGUCUUAACAGGCAAUUUACCCUAUGAUUAAACAUUUUUCCUUUGUUGUCCUUCCAUGUGUGUGAAAGUUGACGUGUUUCUCAGUAUUAUAUAUGUGAAACGACUUUAAGCGGUCAAAGGGUAAAACGCGAUGAAUGCUCAGCAAUGCACGAUCCAGUAAAGUCCCUAUCCAGCGUCACAUCAAUGCUGUUAAGCCGCGACACACAGCGGUCAUCGCAUGAUAUCACGGCGCAGUAUUUCUAAGGUACAAGGUUACUAAGAAAUCGAUAGUCUACGCUCUGAACGCUGGCAACAACUGCUCCUGAAUUAUGCAAUCGCACGCACCUUACUUAUGCAGGGCAACUGGUCAAGGCAUUAUGUGGCGAAAUAUCAAAUUAAUAAAUAUUAAAGUUAUAAACGGUCUUCAGGUACAACUUCAUCGAUUCUAGAGCCAAUUGUUUUUUAAAAAGUAGCAAGGCAAAUUGGAGUUACAGUAUGAUCGACUAUUAAUAAAAUAUUUACAAAUGGUGCCAUGAAUGCGAUCGAUCGCUCACCAUAGUGCACUACUAUGAAAAUUUAAACGUAUUCCUCAAUAGUAAAAUCUCUUACAAAAAUCUUUGAUGGCGAUAAAAACAGAAUUUCCAAAAUAUUUCACGUACAUUGCAGCUUUGCUAACUAAAAAAGAACUAGGCGAAAGUAUGGUUUGCGAAGAGUCGUCUAUCAUUAGCAAAUCCCAGGUUGUACCAUGUUUACGAGGUUUUUACAACCAUUUAAAGUUGUUGCCAGAGAUCAGCUAGCUGAAUCACAAGACCAUCCAGCUGCGUUUGCUUGGCUUUUCAUGUCUGGGGAGCCGUCAGCCAGGUAUACCAUCCUCACUUUUGCUAAACAACACUUUUCCCACUCCUUUUCCUGCUACUCUUUCUUCCUUCACUUACUAUGCUUGUAGAUACGGUUAGGAUUAUUAUUAGCCUUGCUACAAUAGAUCUUUGGACACAUCAUUUGUUUCAUUAAACUCAAAGAUUUGGCCGUAAUAUUUCGUUAUGCGAUAACUAAAUAAAUAAUUAAAAAAGCUUGACUUAAUUGAAAAUUGACUACAAAAUUUAAAAUCUUCAAUGUAAAGAACUAAUAUUGCAUUAUAGAUUUCAAUAUUUAAAGAAAGAUGAUCAAAUUAAAAACAAUCUACGUCAGGCGGAAAUACAAUUAAUUUGACAAUAUAUGAAAAUAUAUCAUAUCAUACCUACGUCAUUAAAAAACACAAACUUGCAAUAGUAGAUUUAAUUAGUCAAGUAAUUCAGUAGUAUAGUUCAAUAGUCAAAUAGUCUUAGUUACAAUUUAGUUUUAGGUAUAGUUUGUAAAGACAAUUGUUAAAAGAACAAGAAUAUUAAAGUUAUAUUCGUAUAAGCUAGUAACAUGAAUGCUAUUAUUCCAUCGAAAUUACAUCAGUGAGUAGAUCGAGACCAUAUGGGAAUCGAUAGUUUAGGAGACAAACAGUAUGUUGAAAUUGUCUCGUCACAAAACCAAAAGAUGUCGUGCCCCCAUUGCCUCAUUAGAUUGUAUGGAUGAAUUCAGUGCGAAUUCACAACAGAUGCUAGAUCAAGUCGGGGACAUGAAUAUGUCGAAACAUGUGUCGGUCUACAUGGGAAACCAUGCCAGUAUGCCCUCCUCCGUGACUCCAGGGCUUCGAUACAAAAAUUUAGGUAAAUCUGGUCUGCGAGUUCCCAACAUCGGCCUUGGUCUUUGGACAAUGCUGAAUGAAGAUAUCGCUGAAGACAUAAUUAUGACUGCGCUCGAGAAUGGAAUCAAUUUAUUCGAUUUAUCUGAAGCACAUUACGCAAAAGGUGAAACAGAGCUGGGGAAGAUUUUAAAGAAACGAAACGUGAGGCGGUCUAGUGUGAUCAUCACUACGAAAAUAUAUUGGAGUACAAAGUCAGAUGAACGAGGUCAAUCGCGUAAGCAUAUCAUAGAAAGCGUCAAAGCGUCAUUGGCGAGACUGCAAGUAGAUUACAUUGAUGUUGUACUCUUGCAUAAAGUGGACCCAGUUUGUCCUAUGGAGGAGUUAGUGCGUGCUAUGAAUUUUGUCAUCAACAAAGGAUAUGUUAUGUAUUGGGGCACAGCACGCUGGUCUCCAUCAGAGAUAAUGGAUGCUUAUUCGAAAUGUCGAGCAUUUAACUGCAUCACGCCGGUUGUCGAGCAAACUGAAUAUCACAUGUUUUGUCGGGACAAGGCUGAACUUUAUAUGCCGGAACUGUAUCAUAAAAUAGGCGUUGGAACAAUGGCUUGGUCUGCUAUUACCACCGGGAAGGGUUUAAACCGUGAAGAAGUGACGGGUCUUUUCGCUAAGUCACGCUUCAAUCGCAAAUAUAGUACCUUCAGUUGGUGUGAGGAAGACCUAGCUGUAGCAGAUAUGCCAGCUUCCAACAGCAAAGAACAAACGACCGGAGAGGAGUUACGCACUUACGGGGACAAAUUGCAAGCUUUGUCCAACCUCGCCAAUAGCCUGAAUUGCUCAAUGAGUCAAUUAGCAGUUGCAUGGUGUCUUAAGAAUGAGAAUGUAAAUUGUCUACUGCUUGGCGCUACCAGCGUGGAACAGUUCAAAGAAAAUAUACACGCACUACAGAUUGUCCCACAACUGAGUCCAGCGGUUAUGGUGGACAUAGAACGUUUGCUGUCAAACAAGCCGCAAAGGCCUCCAAUGGUCUCCACACUGGCUAUGCGCAACCAGCAGAACACUAACGCUGCCAGAACUGAUGCUGCUGGAGCUUCAACUUCUGGAGUAACGACACCCAAACCUGAUGCUGAUGUUGAGGCUAACGUCGCCACACCAGAGAAGGAAGCAGAAAAGACUUGUGAGAUUCAAUGAUCCUGGUGGAAAGGAAGCUCUGACACAGCUUCCAAAUCUAGUAAGUCGAAGGAAUCGCUUCUGAAGGACUCGAAACCAAAAUUCUUCUUGAACAAUGCCGGAGAAGUCAUCAGGCGCGUGGAACAUGAUGGAAUCACCUCGGACACAGUUGUAUCAGUUUCAUCAUUAAAAGGCAAACAGCCAGCAACUGGAGGAAGUAAAGUAAAGAAAUCCAAAUCUGACUCGUCUCGGUCCCGCUCAGCAUCCUUACAAAGAUCUUCGUCAGGACAAAUAUCGGUCUCUAGAGAUCGGAAAAUGUCUAGAUUCAAUCUAGGCUCCCCUGCUGAUGUAUAAACGUUUACGAUAACAUUUGUGUUAUCACUUGGCAUAUUAUUCGGUUUCUAAAACCCUUGUGAAAUAACAUUACAUUACGGAAUUGAGUGAGACAAUCGUGUGGAUACAGAGUGCCUUUUUCAUUAGAAUUGUUGAUCUUUUUUUAUAAAUUAGCGUUCUUCCUUUAAAUUUAUGUAAAGGUUUUUUUUUGUAAUAUUAAUAUUUAUAAUAUCAUUUGUUUGUUCUGUAAAUUCAUAAGGAAUGUGGAGAUCUAGAAGUCUGUGAUCGCAAAUGAUUGAAAAAUAAUUGUAGCGAUAAUAAAUGUAUCUGUAGAGAAGAAAUAAUCAUUAAAUUGAACGUAGAUACGAUGUAUAUAAUUGCCAACUUUUCUGAGGUUUUACUAUAGAGUAGAGUGAAAAAUACAGAUUUUAAAUGGAAUAAGUAGCAGUAGCAUCUGUGCAAAAUGAUUAAAAUAAGAAUAGAAAUCUCAUUUAACUUUUCAAAUUAUUUUUGUACGUAUCAGUAAUUAAUUUGUGUAAAUAUAUAUUGAUGUUUUGUGGCUUGUAUAUGAAUGUAUAACGAGUUUAAGCAUAUUGAUAUUCUAAUUCUAAUCAUAUUAUAGAAACAAAUUUGGUGUCUGAAAUAAAACGAUUCCUUUGAUUACGUAGGUUGUAGGAAGUCUAAUAGUUCGUAAGGUUUUUAAAUGUCUAAUUACAAGAAUCCUAUAAAUUUGUCGCUUAAAUCAUUGCUUAUUGAGUACGUCUUAUGUUAUAAUUUAAGACUUUUUCUAUUCUAUAAAACAGGCUUAAUAAAAAACUUAUACUAGAUAUAAGAUAAAUCGAAAUAUCGAAUGUUAGGUGAAAACUGAACCCAAUUACAUAUAAAUUAGAUUGCUUCCCUUUAAUAUUCUUAUAACAAAAUUAAUAAGAAGGGUUAUCAAGGAUUCAUUUUAGGUACUCACUUAUUUAUAUGAUAGAAAAGUGGUGUUAUAGUUGAACCCGACCUACUAAUAAUUUUAAAUAGUUCUGCAAUAUUUAGGUAUGUAUAUUAAAUAUCAUAUCUAUGUAUAUAAUAUAAUAUUUAUUACUCUAUUGGUAUAGGAUUGUAAAAAGUCUUCAGUAGAUGUAAGGGAAACUUGUAAAUUUCUGAGAAAAAAUACUAUAUGGACUCAAUUCGUAGUUAGAAAAUUAUAUUAUUAUUUCAAUAAAUGAAAUAAAGUAUAAUUAUAAAGAUGGAUAUGCAUGAAGAUAAAUAACAGUAGUGCUGAUAUUUCAUUAUCGUAAGUGUAGAAAGUUACAAACUCUAUUUUAAGAAAGUCCGUCAUCUCAAAUUUUAUUAGUAUAACUAAACGCACAUUUAAAUAGGUUGAGACUGUUUAAUAAUUGUGGAUUGAUAUGUAUUUCAAAAUGGCAGUUUUAUAUCAAGCUCGCAUGUUUGAUUCUAUACUUAAAUCUAGACUUUAAUCUUUGAUCUACCCUCAAAAAAUAUUACAGUAGAUGUUAUCUAUUACUCAUACACUAUAUUUUUUUAAUCAUAACUAAAAUCUUAAAGAACUUCAAAUGAAUAAACAGCUAAUAAUACUAAAAAUUAACCCUCUUGUAGAGAUUUCA